CUGUACAGCAUAGCUAUUUCGGUUUUUACAUUAUAAAUUAUAUCUACCAAAUAACGAAGAAAACAUUUAUUUCAAAAAAACUAUUUUUUAUUUUAAAUAUUACUUGAAAAUAUUUUUUCAAGCCGAAUAAGCUCAAAACAAACAAAUGUGAGAUGAUGACACAGCACGGAAGAGCAUGCGCCGUCUCACGUUAUAAAAAUUCAUUGGUACAAAUGCUAUUUUAAUAGACCAACUUUAUUGUAGUUUGGACAUUUGGAACAAUAAGCCUCAGGGGAGUUUGAAUUAAUUGGCUCAUGAAGAUCGCGGAACAAAUAUUUCUUCGAUUAUUAUAAUAAAGGCCGAAACAAAUGUGAAUUUUGGUCAUUAAUUCGAUUUGAACAAAACGACUUUGGAACAACUAUUUCGUGGAACAAAAGGAAUGUCCGACGGAGACGUGGUCAAAGACGGCGUGGACAAGUUGGCGAUUCAUGACGACGACGAAAUCGAAUCCAAUUACAAGCCACCGCCGGAAAAAUCUAUUGAAGAGCUGUUGAAUGCCGACAAAGAAGAUGCGAGUUUGCAGAAAUACAAGGAAAAACUACUGGGCGAUGCUAACAGUGGAAAAAUCAUUUUUGAUGAAAGUAAUCCAAAUAAAGUGAUUGUCAAGAAAUUAGCUUUAUGUGUUGCUGAUAGACCAGAUAUGGAACUUGAUUUGUCUGGAGAUUUAACAAAUUUAAAAAAACAGGUGUUCAUUAUAAAAGAAGGAAUAUCAUAUAAAAUUAGAAUAGAUUUUAUAGUUCAACGAGAAAUUGUUCAUGGCCUGAAAUAUGUUCAAAAGACUUAUCGUCUCGGUGUACCAGUGGACAAAAUGACUCAUAUGGUUGGAUCAUAUCCACCUAAAAUGGAAAUACAGAGUUAUACAACACCAGCUGAAGAUGCUCCCAGUGGCAUGAUGGCACGCGGCUCAUACACGGUUCAUUCUCUGUUUACGGAUGAUGACAAAAAGGAACAUUUAAAAUGGGAAUGGGUAUUCGAGAUUAAAAAAGACUGGAAGGAUAAUUAAUUUACAGGGAAUUUGAAGUAUCAGUUAUUAAUUUAUAACAAUUUAAUUACACACACAAAUGGUAUAAAUUUAAUAAUUUUAUUUUCAUUCAAAUUUUUUUUUUAGAUUUAUAGCUGAUAAUCUUAAUUUUAAUAAGUCAAUUCAGUUUAUUUUUCGUAUUAUUACUAUUAUUAUUUUUGUAAUCUUCAACAAUUGAACAUUGCAUGGUCAUUUAAAUAUAUAUAUAUAUAUAUAUUUGUAA